UUGAGGAAAACAUGAAGACUUUCAACGUGAGCAUUUUAGUCUGCCUAGCAAUAGCGGCACACUGUGUCCCGAUAUUGCCACCUAAUGGCAGAGAGCAAGAUGAAGAAAUGGCAGAGACCUAUCUGAAGAGGUUCUUCAACCUGACUGAAGAGACGGAGCCUACUUUCCGGCGCAGUUUUGGCCAGCUGAACAUGAAACUGAGCGAGAUGCAGAAGUUCUUUGGACUCAAGGUGACUGGUACUCUGGACACGGACACUCUGGAGGUCAUGAAGAAGCCUCGCUGUGGGGUCCCUGAUGUUGCCAAAUAUUCCACCUUCCCUAACAACCCCAAGUGGCCAACGAACAAGCUGACCUACAGAAUUGAGAACUACACUCCUGACAUGUCGGUGUCUGAGGUGGACAGUGUCAUGGAGAAAGCCCUGCAGGUCUGGGCACAAGUCACUCCACUGCGCUUCACCCGCAUCUACUCUGGCACAGCCGACAUCAUGAUCUCCUUCGGUAGCGGAGCACAUGGAGAUUAUUACCCUUUUGAUGGACCAGGUGGUACUUUGGCUCAUGCUUUUGCACCUUCUGUUGGCAUUGGAGGGGAUGCACAUUUUGAUGAAGAUGAGACCUUCACCUACGGUUCAAACGGGUACAACCUGUUCCUUGUAGCUGCCCAUGAGUUUGGCCACGCCUUGGGGCUGUCCCACUCUGAUGACGCUGGUGCCCUGAUGUACCCUAUCUACAGCUACAGGGACCCCAACAGCUUUUCCUUGCCGGCGGACGACGUGAGGGGAAUACAGUCUCUCUAUGGCUCAAACCCUGAUGUGACCCCUGACAAACCUGACCCUGAGCCUCACCCUGAGACCCCCGAUGCUUGUGAUCCCAACCUGGUCAUGGAUGCCGUCACAACCCUACGUGGAGAGAAGCUGUUUUUCAAGGGCAGGUUCCUUUGGAGGAGUUAUUCUCAGAGCAUGAAGCCCCAGCAAACACUCAUCAAAAGCUUCUGGCCCAAUGUUCCCAACAACAUUGAUGCUGCCUAUGAGAGCAGAGAAACAGAUACAGUGUACCUCUUCAAAGGUCAGAAGGUCUGGGCCAUCUCUGGCUAUGAUCUUGUGAGAGGCUAUCCUAAAAGCAUUAGCAAGAUGGGUCUGCCAAACACAGUGCAGAAAAUCAGUGCUGCCCUGUAUGACGAAUACUCCCGCAAGACUUUGUUCUUUGUUGACAAGUACUACUACAGUUAUGAUGAGGCCAGAAAGAGGAUGGAUGAAGGAUUCCCCAAACGAGUGGAAGAGGGUUUUCCAGGCAUGAGGGGGAAAGUCACUGCUGCCUUUCAGAGCAGAGGAUUUACGUACCUCUUCAAGGGACCAUACCUGUUUGAAUUCGGCUCCAGCAGCAGGAGACUUUACCGGGUGUUGAGGGCCAGCUACUUCCUCCGUUGUUAG